AUGAAGUUUGGCAAGCGGCUGCUGGCCGAAGCGGGCCGCUGCUGGACCCACAGCUACAUUGACUACAAGCAGCUCAAGCAUGCCAUCAAGCUGGACGUGGAGGCGCUCGACCCUCGGGGGCCGCGCUUCGACGCGGCGCUGCGCGUGGAGCUGCAGAAGGUGGCCGCCUUCUACGUGGAAAAAGAGGAGGAGCUGGCGGCGGCCAUGGCCCGCCUGUCGCUCGCCUCCAGCCCGUGCCAGGUGGCCGCGCUGCGCUCCGAGCUGCAAGACCUGCGCAGGUUUGCGGUGCUCAACCACUAUGCCGUGGUCAAGGCCGCCAAGAAGCGCAACCGCCACCUCCAGGCGGCGUGCGGCGAGGCGCGGGUGGUGGUGGUGCGGGCGGUGCACAUCCUCAGCCAGCAGUACUUCUUCACCUCCCCCAAGCUGGCUGCUCUGACCACCCAGGCCGAGAUCCUGGCACAGGCACGCGGCCGCCGCUGGUGGCGCUGCCUGCCGCCGCCUGCUGCUGCCCGCUGCGCUGCUGCUCGGCCUCUCGCCACGCCUCGCUCGCCCGCGCCGGGCCGCCUGCUGUCGUUCGCCUGCGUCCUGGCCCUCGCCUCGCUGAUGGUCCCUGAGCUGGCUCCGCGGCAGCCGCCCGCGGCGGAGGUCAUCCAGGAGUAUCAGUGCCCCAUCUGCCUGGACCUGCUGCGCUCCCCCGUCCUCCUCACCUGCGCCCACCGCUUCUGCUGGGGCUGCCUGCUGGCGCACUGCGCGGCGGCGCGCUCGGCCGCCCCCGGCGCCAAGCCCGGCGCCAAGGUGCAGCAGGCGCAGCAGACGCAGCAGACGCAGCAGCAGCAGCAGCAGCAGCAGCAGCAGGCCCUCGCCCAGACGGCCUGGGAGGGUGACAGCGGCUGGGAGGACGACCAGGGCGACGCGUGCGCCACCUUUGACUGCGCGGUGUGCCGCAAGGCCCAGCUGCUCAACCUGGACCGGCUGCAGGUGGAUCCACACCUGGAUGCCUUCCUGCAGAAGCUGCAGCGCCAGCAAGGCGCAGUCGCCAUCCCCCUCACACGCGCCAGUAGCACCGCCAGCAGCAGCAGCGGCCACCCCGGCAGCGGCAGCGGCAUCCCCACGCCUAGCGGCAGCAGCACGGAGAGCCUCGCGCCCGGCGGCAGGAGCAGCAGCGCGCCGAUCGCCAUCGCGGGCGCCGGCUUGGCGGCCGCGGCGGCGCAGAGCGAGGACAUGCUGGUCGAUGCCAAGCCCUCUGCCACAACCAUCAGCCUGGCUGAGGCUAGUGAGCUGGCCGAAGCAGCAGCCGCCGUGGCCGUAGCAGAGGAGGCUGAGGCCUCAGACGUGCCGCCGGGAGCAGCAGCAGCGGUGGCGUCGGCGGCGCCCCUGGGUCCAGAGCUGGUGGUGGUGGCGCCGCUGGCCGUGGCGUUUGAGCCGGCGCUGCUGCCGCCGCAGCGGCCGGAGCACCGCGGGCGCCUGGUGGUUUGCCUGGACCUGGAUGGUACCCUAGUCACCACCUUCACGCCCAAGCGCGCCCCCAUGCUGCCCCCGGGCUCAAUCUCGUAUGUCGUGGGCCGCGGCGGCAAGCUCAACCCGAACGGCGUCUUUGUGGUGGAGCGGCCAGGCCUGGGCGACUUCCUGCGCCGCAUCGCACCCUUCUCAGAGGUGGUGCUGUUCACUGCGGGGCUGAAGGACUAUGCGGCCCCCAUCUGCGAUGCCAUAGAGGCGCGGUACCCCGGCGCUUUCCACCACCGCCUGUACCGUACCGCCACCGUGGCCGAGGACGUGUACCCCUGCAUCAAGGAUAUGUCCCGGCUGGGGCGAGACCUGGGCCGGUGCGUGCUCGUGGACGACACCCCGCUGGCCUUCUUCCGCCAGCCAGACCACGGCGUGCCCGUGCUGCAGUUCCGCGGAGACAUGGACGACCGCAUGCUGCCCGAGGCGGUGGCGCCGCUGCUCGAGUCGCUGCACGGCUGCGCCGACGUGACGGUGCCGCUGGCGCGCCGCUUCAACAUGCAGAAGUGA